CCGAGACAGGAUUAUAUCGCUCUUCCCGACCGGCCAUCGAUUGCGGAUAUAUCGUAUUUUCCGUUUACGAUGCCGUGGAUGUUCGAAUUCUUGAGUGUGGACAUCAAAGAAUACCCAAGUAUUCGGUGCUGGGGGGAGAGGAUGGCAUCCCGGCCGGCGGUGAAAGCCGUCCUAGAUAGGGGGCCUACUUAUGGCCAUAGCCUGGAACAAGACUGACAUGUUGCCAUUGACGCAGGAGGAUGGUGUCAGAAAAAACGACGCCGUUAAUACCGUGUGCAGUAUUAACGACUAUAUUGCGAGGGGUAGGCUUUCACAUCGCUAUGAAAAAGAUGAAACUUGGAGUAGAAUUCAUUCAGAACAGUAGUAACUACCGGGAUUGUGUCAACUAUACUCCAUAUCAGAGUUGGCAUGAGCUGACACUAGAGACGAUCAUCCCCGAAGCCGGGCGGUGGGCGGUUUCGGCUUCCGGUCGGAACGCAUUCCACUUCGGGUCUUGAGAACGGGGUGCACCUCGCUUGGGGUAGUUCUGGGCGAUAGCAACAACAAAAGAAAGUGACUUUUUUCUCAGUCAGUGACUGUUUGAUAUCAUUUGGCGAGCUUCGCACCAUUUUCCCGAAUUUGUACCACCACUUGUUGACAAUGUACCAGUCACCGUACUCGAUCUUAGCACUCUGCAUCCUGAUUCUAUGUUUAUAUCGUGGCGUUCGACGAUACACACUUCAAAUAUUGAACAAUUUGUUGUCGUGGAUCAUCAAUGUUCAUCUGAACAGGAGGUAUCCUGUGCUAUCCCAGGGUGACAAUGACACAAUAACCAUGCCGACAUGCCCCUAUAGAUGGCCGAACGGGCAAGGCGACGUAGCAAAGUUUCUCGAAGGCGAGGAAAAUAGCUCAAGAUGGUUCAAAGAGCACGGCAGUAUCUACCGAGUAUGGGCCGGUAUGACCCCGGAAAUGUAUAUUAUAUAUGACUCUUUCCCUAUUCGCUCUGCCGAUUCGUUUGGGACAGUUCUGAUACGAGGCAGCGUACUUACCCAACCCGAAGAUGUGAAGACCAUCUUCAAGGACUCAGACCUGCAUGUCAAGGCCAGCAACAACGAUUCAGGAUGGCUGAUGGGUCAGCUCCUGGGUAAGUGCAUGGGCCUCGUCUCGGGGCCUGAAUGGCGAAAGUCACGAGCCUCGGUCGGGGACCAUUUCACCUUCAAAUCGACGUCUCACUUCAUACCGCGUAUAGUAGAGAUCACCAAAGCAUAUUUCUCCGAUCUGUUUGACGGCCGACCAAGCCAUGGUCUCAUCACACCUUCCGAAGAUCUUCGACUUCUCCCUUUCUGGGUCGUGGCCGAGUACAUAUACGGCCCACUCACGCCUCAUUCAAGAGAUCAACUUGAGAGUCUGAUACCGCUGCGAGACUCGCUCUUCAGGACUGUGAUACAAGGCGGUAUAACGCGUUUCGAAGUGAGCAGCUAUCUGCCCUCAUCCACCAAUCGCGACUUGCAAGAUUUCAAACAGAAAUGGAGGGUGUUCAACGAUGAGAUGUACAACGCCAGCAAGCGCUCUCAUAAUUCAACAGUGCUGACGCAUAUGUACGAGUCGAUCCACGAAAGCGGCCCUUCGCUAGAAAAUGUGUUGCAGACAGUGGACGAGAUGCUCUUCGGUAAUCUGGACGUUACUGUCGGCGCACUGUCCUGGAACCCCAUCCUUCUCGCUUCCAAUCCGGCAUUUACAGCCGAGCUUCACGAGGAGCUCACUGCUGUUAGAAACAGGGACUGGGCACACUAUCUCGCAAGAUCCGAUACGCUAUUAGCAUGUUCCAUCCUCGAAGCUGCUCGUCUCCGUCCGAUCGCUGCGUUUUCGAUCCCACAAGCGGCGCCCGAGACGAGAGUCACUGGCGGCUAUUCAGUACCUGGUAGAACCAAUUUUGUCGUCGACACCCGUGCCCUGAACAUCAGGAAUCCUUAUUGGGGGGUUGACGGCCGUGAAUACCGCCCCUCUCGUUUCAUGAACACUAACUCAGUUGACAUGCGAUACCACUACUGGCGAUUCGGCUUUGGACCCCGCCAGUGUCUGGGGAAGUAUAUUGCCGACUUCAUCAUUCGUUCUAUCGUCAUGCACUUAGUGCUUGAUCUCAUUCUGUUGCCCGGAAGUUCCUGGGAUAAGAAUCCGGAGACCUGGAUUGCCCAAUCAGCUGCUGCUAUUCGUUAUAAGAGGCGAAACUCAGUGUCCCAUAAGAGUCCCAACGAGUCUAGGGGGCUGAGUGGGAGAUAA